UCACUACCGCACCUGCGCAGCCAUUUUGAACCUCUAGCAAGCAACGGACACAGAAAGACAGGUAAAAGGGAUUAAAAUAUACCAGCCUAAGCGCAGAAAACGAGGAUAUGUACGCUAGAAUUGAGGAUAUAUGAAACAGUAAAAGUCGCAUAGUGUGCAACGAGCAGGAGGCAGUAACGGAGACGAUACAGCAGCCAUCUAAGUUCCUCGGAUACCCGGACCUACAAGUCAUCUUUUUUGCCGGAGUAGGAAGGAAGAGUCGAGUCACCGAAAGAAAAACACAUCCAGAGUGAAACAAUGAAUCCUGAAUAUGACUAUCUGUUCAAGCUGCUGCUCAUUGGAGACUCUGGAGUAGGAAAGUCCUGCCUUUUGCUGCGCUUUGCAGAUGACACCUACACAGAGAGCUACAUCAGUACCAUUGGAGUGGACUUCAAGAUUCGCACCAUUGAGCUUGAUGGCAAGACCAUCAAACUGCAGAUUUGGGACACUGCAGGUCAGGAGAGAUUUCGUACCAUCACUUCCAGUUACUACCGCGGGGCUCACGGCAUCAUAGUUGUAUAUGAUGUGACAGAUCAGGAGUCCUAUAACAAUGUCAAGCAGUGGCUUCAGGAAAUCGACCGCUAUGCCAGUGAAAAUGUCAACAAGCUUCUGGUGGGCAACAAGUGUGACCUCACCACUAAGAAAGUAGUGGACUACACAACAGCCAAGGAGUUUGCUGACUCUUUGGCCAUCCCCUUCCUGGAGACGAGCGCCAAAAACACCACCAAUGUGGAGCAGGCUUUCAUGACCAUGGCCGCAGAGAUCAAGAAGCGUAUGGGCCCCGGGGCCACAGCUGGUGGUGAUAAGCCCAACUUAAAAAUCGAGAGCACCCCGGUCAGGCAGUCUGGAGGGGGUUGCUGUUAAAGGACCCCUCACCCCCCAUCACCCAAGUAUCACCUCCACCAUAUCCACACUGACAUCUCCCUUUCUUAUCCAUCUGUGUUCCCUCCCAUCAUCUCUGCCACUCAGGCCUGUACACCCACCAAACAACAGAAUGAAGAAAUCAACCAGUGUGUGAGGGAGGGACAAGAACAGACACAGGCAACUUUUACUUUCUGCCAAGAAGACAGAAAGAAAACAGAUAUGGUGGAAGAUUGGUGUUGAUUUUGAGUGGAGUGGAGGCAGUGGAAGAUUAGGUUUAGAUACCAGUGAGCUUAUCUCUACAUGCAUGCAUACACGCAUGCAAACGUGCACACACGCGCGCGCACACACACACACAAACACAC